AUGGGCAAGGGACAGCGCACACGCAAAGCUGCAGCCGACGCCUUACUGGCAGCUGCCAUGUCACAGGGCACUCCAUCCGUACUAGAGCAAGAACAACAGACACGGUCAUCGCUGCAGGUUGUAGCGCCGAAGAGCUCACAAGUAAGUGCGAGUGCUCCACUUGUACACACGAAGCCAUCACCGUCGCCAUCCGAGACGUCAGUAUCCUCCUUAGACGACGAAUGUCGGCAGCUUGCGUCCGAAGAACAGCGCGAAGCGCUUAGGGCUCUUGAAGACGUGGAAGCGGUCAAGACACAACUCGAUACCAUCUUGUCAUGCCUCGUUGCCGCAUUUUCUUCGAAAAGUGAACGGAGUGCCGCGGCUGCUGAUAUCGUGGUCGCUUUAGAGAUCGUGGGUGUUGCUAGCGUGACUGGUAUCUACGUACUGAAUGAAUUAAAGAAACAUCUUGUUGCGAAGCCCACGACUGCCCGGGAAGGCUCACUACUUGCAUUUGUGGCUCUGUGCAAGAGUGACGCGUUAACAUCCGUGAUUGAGCCUGUGGUGGUGGAGCAACUGAUUAAUAUAAUGCUGCGACACGCAGACUCAGAGCAUGCGGUCAAAAACGUUGCAAUUUUACUUGUUAAGACAAUUGCUGAGAAAGUGAACCCACUGGCAAUUCACUCAGUUCUCAAGCAAAUUUACAAAGCGCUUGAGCUACGUCAGUGGCAAAGUAAAGUGGCUGCAUUGCAUUUUCUAAAGGAGCUAAGUGAAAUGGCUAGUGAUGACGUUUCGCGAUGGCUUCCUGAGAUCAUGCCAAUUGUGACGGAAUAUGUGUGGGAUACCAAGAAACAAGUCCAAGCUGCUUCAAUCGACGCACUCAUUUCUGUGUGUUCAAAAAUCAGCAAUGACGACAUUGUACCAUUAGUUCCAAUUCUAGUCGGUGUUAUCGCUCGUCCAGAAGAAACCGAAAAAGCGAUCGAUAGUCUUCUUGCCACCACAUUUGUAGCCAAUGUAGAUGCACCUACAUUAUCUUUAAUCGCACCACUGCUACACAAAGCACUUCGUGACACAAGCAUUCGUAGCUCGUCACUGAAGCGAAAAGCGUCCAAGAUUAUUGAUAGUAUGUGUCGCCUCGUGGUACGUCCAUCCGAUGUGAUGCAGUUUGUGCCACUGUUACUUCCACAAUUAGAGACAGCAAUUGAUCGAUUGAUUGACGAAGAAGUCGUAGAAGCGGCUAAGGAAGCACGAGCGCAUCUUGUACAUGCUGCUGGCGAUGGGGAAGCAAUGGACGACGAUCCGAUAGCAAUCCGAAUGAAACUUGAGAAGGAUCUGUUUAAUGCGUUUACCGACACACUUGACCGUCCAACUCAUCCUGGACUCAACGACUUUACCUUAGAGUAUGUGACUGAUGUAUGCACGGAGUUAGCGACUCAAAAUCGUGGUACCGAGUGGCGAGACAUAGUGCUGCCGUAUCUACAGCCACACAUGCAUGACUUGGACGCUGAACAUUUGUGUGAUGCGCUGCGUGCUGCUGGCGGCGGCUUGGGCGAAGAACGUGAGAAGUCGACCGAUCCAAAUGACGUCUGUGACUUGGACUUUUCCCUUGCGUACGGUGGUAAGAUUUUGCUAAGAAAUGCUCGAUUACGCCUCACGCGUGGUCAUCGCUACGGUCUAAUCGGACAAAAUGGAGUUGGAAAGACGACGUUGAUGCGAAAUUUGGCGUCAGGAGCCAUUGAAGGGUUGCCGGAUACUUUGCGGUCAGUGUACGUACAACAUGAAGACAUUGUAGAGAGCCAAGGCAGUUUAUUUGAGUCAAUGUGCAAGGCUCCAGAGCUUGCUCAUCAAACUCGGACGACAGUUGAGAAGACGCUGACGGACAUUGGAUUUACCCAAAAGAUGCUCGAUGGAGAUAUUGAUGCUCUAUCGGGGGGUUGGCGCAUGAAGCUAGCAUUGGCACGUGCCAUGCUAUACAAUGCUGAUGUUCUGCUGCUGGACGAACCAACAAAUCACUUGGAUGUACAUGCUGUGCAAUGGCUUGUGGAUUAUCUCAAUUCUCUUGAGACAAUGACGGUGUUAUUAGUCUCCCAUGACACAGGUUUUCUGGAUAAUGUUUGUACGGACAUUUUUCAUUAUGAAUCCAAGAAACUAGUGUUGUAUCCAAUGACCCUGUCGAAGUUUGUGGAUAUUCAUCCUGAAGCAAAACAUUACUAUGAACUCAAGUCAUCUGAUACGGUGUUUAACCUUCCAGAACCUGGUCGAUUAGAGGGAAUUAAUUCGAUGACGCGCCGUAUCUUGACGCUUGAGAACGCGACAUUCACAUAUCCUGGUGCUUCCAAGCCACAACUAGAAAAUGUGUCGGUCAAAUUGUGCCUGGCUUCUCGUGUGGCUGUGAUUGGUGUGAAUGGUGCGGGUAAGUCGACUUUGAUAAAGAUGCUCGUACAGGAGACAGCACCUGACACAGGCUCGUUUUGGAAGCACCAUGCGGUACGUGUAGCGUACGUGGCACAACACUCAUUUCAUCAUGUCGAAAAGCAUUUGGACAGUAGUCCAGUUGAGUACUUCCAGUGGCGAUUUGGUGGCGAAAACGGCGUUGAUCGUGAGCUUGGUGACCAUGUCAAUUUACAACAAUCCGAAGAAGAAAAGAAUCUUGUGGGCAAGAAACACGGUCAAGUGGAAAAGAUUGUAUCUCGAACCAAAGGCAAACGUGGUACACUUGAGUAUGAGUGCAAACUUGUAGGCAUGACAGAACGCUAUAAUAAGCGAUACACGCUGGAGCAGCUUCAGGAAAUGGGUUUAGGUGCACUUGCAGAGGCUGAAGACAUUCGUCAAGCGACAUUGGCUGGGGGUCUGGACCUACGUCCGCUUACAACCAAAGAGAUUCAGCGUCAUUUGGAUGACUUUGCGUUACCAGCCGAAUUUGGUACCCACGGCAAGAUCCGAGGUCUCUCUGGUGGCCAAAAGGUGAAACUUGUGAUUGCCUCUGCCAUGUGGAAUCGGCCACAUUUGUUGGUACUUGAUGAGCCGACAAAUUACUUGGACCGUGCUGCACUCGGUGCUCUCGCGGAUGGUAUUCGUCAGUAUGCUGGUGGUGUGAUUAUGAUAUCUCAUAGUGAAGAGUUUUACAACUCACUUUGUACAGAGAAGUGGCUGGUGGAGUCUGGUCGUCUCACCAUCAUUGGUGAAGCUCAAGAGAAAGAAUAUCGUGCAGGUGGUGGCAAGAAAGUGAUUGAGGAAGAGCCCGAGGAAGAGGUGAAGAGCAGCAACAUCAACUCGUCCAUGAAACGCACGAAACUCACAAACCCAAAGACAUUGCGUCCGCUUAGCAAGCAGCAAAUUCGGAAGCUUAGUAAACUUUGUAAAACUGCCGGUAUGUCAUUUGAUGACUAUGUAGAUAGUCUCACGCGUGAGAGCCCAGAGUGGAAGUGGCUGUGA